CGGCUGGUGGUCUUCUCACGGUCAUAUGCCCUCCGAUACCUUCUCAUCUGUAUCCGAAAGCUGCCAGCGUGUUCUGCAGUCACCUUUGACGCGUUACGAACGCGUAGACGACAAGUUACGCGCAGGUUACUUCCCCGAUCCCGAUGAGAUCGAGAGGUACAACGCUUUACUUCCCACCAUUGGUGAAGAUCUGCGAGACGCCGAAGCCGCAAUAGCGCAGGUCCGACAUGAACUCUACCUGCUUUUGCGAGAACACGACAAGCUGUCCGUUCGCCAAGCGUCGUAUGCAACGAUUCCAGGAAAUAUGCGGAAUCUACCUCCUGGGCUACUAGAAGAUACUUCUCCGGGCCAGCAGGCGCUUGUGGCUGACAUGCGCCUCUUGGAGGACAGAAUCGAGUCUCUAACGACUGCGAUGGACCAGCUGGAAGCCCGUCAGGCCACAUUGCAGCGUCUGCAAGAAUGUUAUCAUGCAUAUACAGCGCCCAUACGUCGUCUACCACCUGAGAUUCUUCAGGACAUCUUCUCAAUCGGUCGCUCGUUCUUCAGCUGGACUUCGUACAGCGCAGCGACAUAUAUCGACACCGCAGCCACUGUCUGCCGACACUGGCGCGACGUAAUCAUGGCAAUGCCCUCGCUGCAUACCUGGAUUGUGCUACUGCCCGGUCAGCUCAGCAACGUCCCGCGCCAACUGCAAUAUUCCUCCAAGUUGCCGUUGAGAAUAUACAUCGGACACUUCACCAAGGCAUCGGACGUGAAUCCGGCCCUCGUCUUGCUUGCUUCGCACAGUAAACGCUGGGAACGCCUUCGGAUUGACAAUGCGCGUGCCAUCGUCGCCUCCCUGGCACCUCGCAUGCGUGACGCGCCCGUUGCCCUCACCACUCUGACGCUGCAUGGUUCCACGGUGGACCCGUACCAUACGCAUUGGGUUAACAUGGCAUUCUCUGGCGCAAAGCAGCUGAAGCAUGUAACCAUCCAUCACCUCAACAACAGGAUGGCUUGCGUACCCGAUACCGUGCGCAGCUUGAAGACCCAGAUAUGCAGUACGCGCAGCGUGCUCGAUGUGCUGAAGCGGUGCAGCAAACUGCGAAAGCUAGAGUCCGAUGUUACCCUGGAUGAUCUGCCACCGAAUGCAAAGGAUGAGGAAGACGUGUCGCCUAUCGUCACUCCCAGCCUCCGCACAGUACAGCUUGGCAGCGGGGAAGAAAUGGAGACGGAAGAUAAACUCCUCUCCCGCGUUACGCUACCAGCCCUGCGCACGCUCUCCCUGACAUGUCAUACCGUCGGAAGUGCGCUUUACGGCCUAUUCCACCGGUCCAUGGCGCCCUUGCGCGACCUCACGAUCUCCGCGCACACUGUCGACGAGGAGAGCCUCGCGCAGGCCUUCCCCUUCAUCCCCGCGCUCCGCAAACUCAAGCUCACCGUCCAUCACCUUCGCACGGACAAGCUCAUCCGCGCCCUUCAGAUUCGUCCUCAGACCGUCCCGCCGUGCCCCAACCUCGUCGACCUAGUGAUUUGGACAGUAGGCGCGGUGCGACCGGUGCAGCCUGACGUGCUCGCGGAUGUGCUGGAAUCGCGCGUGGCGACCGCGAUGGUGCAGAUCGAUGAGCCGCGUGUCGCUGGCCUAAGGCUGGUGCGGCUGCGUCGCAUCAUCCCCAUCCACACUGUCGUCCCCGCUCGCUUGAAAGCGCUCGAAGAGCAGGGGAUGACGCUGACCAUUGACGUCUGACGGUCUCGAGCUAUGGUUGGAACCGUCUCGGAAGUACGAAGCAUCUGUACUUGCAUUGGUCGUGUACAAAUUAAUAUAUCCAUCACAUAAGAUGUCUAGUACACUGGCCGCCUGCGGUAACCCCGAUGAUAAUCGAAAUUGUCCUCAAACGACGCGAGCGUGCAUCUCCAAGCAGCAACGCACGGUGGCUCGCUCCCUGCAGGCAGCGGGUAGAGCUUGGCGGUCACCACGAC